CAAUGUUGCGAAAUCAGUCUAAAUGCACCUUAUGUUGAAACGAAAAGUUGAUUUUCGAGAAAAAUAUAUUGAUGCGUUUCCAAGUAUUAAACGUGGAAGAAACGAACAAGAGGCUAUUUGCAAAGUGUGUGGAUUUACGGCUAAUGGGACUGCGCAGCCUUUGCAGCUGGCCUCUGGUGCCACCAGGGCACCCCAGGAGGACGAUGCAUCCUCGCCCCCACCGUCGCCACUUGCCGACCCCAUGGACCUACACCCACCAUCGCCAUCGCCGUCAGCGCCCCAGCACAUGCCCUUGGGUCUGGAUGUGUCCUGGCAGCAGUUUUCCGGAUGGCGGGGUAUGGUCGGGAUUCCGCUGUCCUCCACCGUCACGGCUCAUGGCGCAUCACAGUGUCCAGCAUCUUCACUGCAGUGUGCACCCAGUCCGCGUCUAAAUCGCUGUCCGGAGUACGACGCCUUGGCCGACCAGUACCAAAGGGAACGGGAGGUUCUUAUGGCCGUGAGAAAAAUGGCAACUGACAGGGUGGCCACUGAGUUCUUCGGGUUGCAGUGA